AUGAAACCCCUUCCAGCCACCCCACUCUUUGAGCUUCACUUAGAUGCAGAGGACAUGCAAAGGAAAUGGUCAGUGGCUGGUUUGGAUAAAGAACCUGACCUUGUGCACAUGGAAGCCCGGACAGCUGAUGGACACACCCACUAUUUGACCUGUCGGAUCCAAGAGUGCUCAGAGACCAAAAGGAAUGGGCCAUUUUCACGUGCCAUUGAUGUCAGCUCCCUUGUUGUUCAGGAUGAAUAUAUCUUCAUCCAGGUGACAACUGGUGGAAGAGCAAAUUACUAUGUGUCAUACAGACGGGAGCCUUUUGCACAGAUUAAAUUACCCAAAUACUCUCUUCCUAAGGACAUGCAUAUUAUCAGCACAGAUGAGAAUCAGGUCUUUGCAGCUGUUCAAGAGUGGAACCAGAAUGACACAUACAACCUGUAUAUCUCGGACACCCGAGGGGUCUACUUCACCCUGGCCUUGGAAAAUGUGAAAAGCAGUCGAGGAUUGGAGGGGAAUAUCGUCAUUGACCUUUAUGAGGUAGCAGGGAUCAAAGGCAUAUUCCUGGCUAACAGGAAGAUAGAUGACCAAGUCAAGACUUUCAUUACCUACAACAAGGGCAGAGACUGGCGUUUGCUGCAGGCACCAGACACUGAUCUAAGAGGACAUCCUGUACUUUGCCAGCUGCCCUUUUGCUCAUUGCACUUACGUCUGCAACUCUCAGAGAAUCCAUACACUUCAGGAAGCAUUUCCAGCAAAGAGACAGCUCCUGGGCUGCUGGUGGCAACAGGCAAUAUUGGCUCUGAGCUUUCCUACACUGAUGUUGGCGUGUUCAUCUCUUCUGAUGGUGGAAAUUCCUGGAGACAGAUCUUCGAGGAGGAAUACAACGUGUGGUUUCUGGACUGGGGAGGGGCACUAGUGGCCAUGAAACACACAUCAGUGCCCAUCCGGCACAUGUGGGUGAGUUUUGAUGAGGGAAGAUCCUGGAGUAAAUACAGUUUCACAUCAACACCACUUUUUGUGGAUGGAUCCCUUGUAGACCCUGGCAUAGAGACCCAGAUAAUGACAGUUUUUGGGCACUUCAGUCUCCGUUCUGAAUGGCAGCUGGUCAAGGUCGAUUACAAGUCUGUCUUCAGCCGAAGGUGUAACAAAGAUGACUACCAAACCUGGCAUCUGCACAAUCAGGGGGAGCCUUGUGUCAUGGGAGAGAGGAAGAUCUAUAAAAAACGCAAGCCUGGAGCGCAGUGUUCCCUAGGUCGGGACUAUUCCCAAACUGUGGUGUCUGAACCAUGUGUCUGUGGUCAAGGAGACUUUGAGUGUGACUAUGGAUAUGAAAGGCACAGCAACAACCAGUGUAUCCCAGCCUUCUGGUUCAGCCCAUCCUCACUGUCCAAGGAGUGCAGCAUUGGUCAGAACUACUGGAACAGCACUGGGUACCGUAGGAUUGUGUCUAACAACUGCACAGAUGGCUUGAGAGAGAAGUACACGGCCAAGAUGGAGAAAUGUCCUGGAAAAGCACCUCGGGGACUGCACAUCCUCACUACCGAUGGAAAGCUGGUCAUGGAGCAGGGACACAAUGCCACCUUCAUCAUCCUCAUGGAAGAGGGUGAUCUCCAAAGGACAAACAUUCAACUUGAUUUUGGAGAUGGCAUUGCAGUAUCCUAUGCUAAUUUCAGCCCUGUUGAGGAUGGCAUCCGGCAUGUGUAUAAGAGUGCUGGAAUCUUCCAGGUUACAGCAUAUGCAGAGAACAGCCUGGGCUCUGACACUGCUGUCCUCUUCCUGCAUGUGGUCUGUCCAGUGGAGCACGUCCAUCUGAGUGUCCCUUUUGUGGCCAUCAGAAAUAAGGAUGUCAACAUUACUGCAGUAGUUUGGCCCAGCCAGGCAGGCACACUUACCUACUUCUGGUGGUUUGGCAACAGCACCAAGCCCCUCAUCACCUUGGAGAGCAGCAUCUCUUACAUGUUCACCGUGGAGGGGAUGAACACUGUCACUGUACAAGUUGCUGGGGGCAACAGCCUCAUCCAAGACACCAGGGAGAUCGCAGUGCAUGAGUAUUUCCAAUCUCAGCUCCUGUCAUUUUCUCCCAACUUGGACUAUCAUAACCCUGACAUCCCUGAAUGGAGACAGGACAUUGGCAAAGUCAUCAAGAGAGCACUGGCACAGGUGACUGGUAUCCCUGAUGAACAGAUCUUGGUAGCUGUGUUUCCUGGGCUGCCUACUUCUGCUGAACUCUUCAUACUGCCCCAUAAAAACACAACAGAGAGGAGGAAAAGCAGUGAGGCUGAUCUGGAGCAAGUGGUAGAAAUCCUUUUUAAUGCUCUCAAUCAGAACCUGGUCCAGUUUGAACUGAAGCCUGGUGUUGAAGUCGUUGUCUAUGUUACUCAGUUAACAUUAGCACCCCUUGUUGAUUCCAGCUCGAGUCACAGCAGUUCAGCAAUGCUGAUGUUGUUGUCUGUGGUCUUUGUAGGCUUGGCUGUUUUUUUAAUCUACAAAUUCAAGAGGAAAAUCCCUUGGAUUAACAUCUAUGCCCAAGUUCAGCAUGAUAAGGAGCAGGAAAUGAUUGGCUCUGUCAGCCAAAGUGAAAAUGCCCCCAAAAUCACUCUGAGUGAGUUCACAGACCCUGAGGAGCUGAUGGACAAAGAGCUGGACACGCGGGUGAUGGGAAGCAUCUCAACAAUUGCCAACAGUGAAAGCACAAAGGAAAUCCCCAACUGCACUAGUGUUUAA